AAUUUUACAGGUGCAGGAUGACGUGUUAAGGAGAAAGUCCCUCUCCUAAAUAUUUCCUAUGACCACGUGUAACAGUGAUAAUAACGUGCCAUUGUUCAACAGGAAUAGCAAAGUACCGUUGUUACCGCACAACACCAAAUUAACGCGGUUACCGUCCAAAUUGCCGUCCCCAUGCCAAGAAUUAACAUAACGUUCUUCUACAACAAUUACAAUCAAAUAUCGUAUAACGAUAUUUAAGGUAUACCGCUGAAUUAUCACCGUUGCAAUUCGAUGAUCGUGCAGCAACGCAUGACAUGCACUGAAUGAAAUUGAAGCACCACUUGAACACGCCGUCCUGUCCGAUCACCGCUGUUCUUCGCACAAAGCUUAUUCUUACGUGUUAUGGUUUGUGCAGCACCACUUCAUUGUGUUGUCACGAGUAAUACACCGGAUGGUGUGGCUGCUCCUUACUUCAGAGCUAAACACUUAAAUGUAGCCUUGGUGAUAAACUAUCAACCAUUAACCAACAAUUUUAAGGCACUAGCCAUGAAAGAUGAGUGUCUUGCUGAUCAAACUAAAUUAACUUUCUUCUUCAGUUACUCCCGCCACACCAUCAAUUCGUGAAUGUACCACGGCGACCAAACGAUUACCAUUUUAAACGGAUGGCUGAAGCGAAAAUGUUGGGCAACACAACCAAACACUUCAUCCCCUCCCUGCCAUGAUUUCUUCCGCCACGGAAGGUCUAAAAGAACUUUGCUUACCACAAAUUUUUGUAUUUUUGUACCCCCGAUGAGCACAUGCAUAGAUCGGUUGGUAGCGGAACAAGCCAACCUAAAAAAAGAGCGCAAGUACAUGUUCUUCGCCAGGCCCUCCCCUGCAGACAUAACGAAAUGGAACUGUGGUUUUCCUGGACCGGACGCUCCCCUAUACAAAGACAGUUACUACCUCGUGAACUUAUCAUUCGGUCGUGACUAUCCUUUCAAGCCGCCACGCGUAAAAUUCGUGCACAAGGUUGUCCAUCCCAAUGUUUACGAGUCGGGCGAGGUGUGUUUGAGUAUACUGGAGGAAGGCAGAUGGAAGCCUUCACUUACGGUGAGCAACAUUUUAUGUGCGUUGCAGCAGCUGCUCAUGACGCCCAAUGCUAGUUCGCCAGCCAACGGGCCUGCUACACGAAUGUAUCGUAAUAAAAGGAUCUAUGAAAGUGAGGUGAGGAAGAACAUUGAGCGGUGGCACUGCCAAUUACCGUGGUGAAUGGAUGCCUAGCUCUGCACGUGCUUGCACGUCUUGUAAUUGAUCCGUAUGGAUGUGAUGAUACGCCGAUAGAACAAUAAACGAUCACAGGCAGCGUAUCUUGCUACAUCAGUAGAGCUGUAACUCACAUUCUUAAAUUGAUUUUUUGCACAUUUUCAUCCACUCAAGUUUGAACCAUGUGCAUCGUUCAGUGAUUUGUUUUUGCGUGUGAGUCAGCCUGAAUAUUCGUUCGUUCGAUAUUUCACCAGUACGUCCCUAAGAACGCCUUUAACUGCACACCAUCCUGCGCAGAUCUAAUAAACAACAAAUUUACCUAA